GGUAUAAUUCCUGAGAAUUUGUGUGCAAAGGGAAAGUUAGAGGAUCUUGUUCUGAUGUACAAUUCAUUUUCCGGUGAAGUUCCGGUGAGUCUGGGGAAAUGCAAAAGCCUUCUCUGGGUCAGACUGAAGCACAACGGCUUAACAGGUGGAGUCCCAGACAACUUCUGGGGGUUGCGCAGAGUAUAUUUGCUUGAGCUCGAUGAGAAUUUGCUUAGUGGGCAAGUUUCCCCGAGCAUUUCUAAUGCUCAUAAUCUGUCAAUACUGUUGAUUUCUGGGAAUCAGUUUUCCGGGCCAAUACUAGAUGAGAUUGGAUUGCUGGGCAAUAUGGUGGUGUUCUUUGGGAGUGGUAACAGUUUCACAGGUCGGAUUCCGGCUUCCAUGGUGAAAUUGAGGCAGUUGGAUAGACUUGAUCUUAGUAAAAAUGAGCUCAUUGGGGGUAUUCCUAAAGGAAUUAGUAAGUGGGUAAAUUUGAAUGAGCUAAAUUUGGCUAACAAUAGGUUAUCUGGUAGAAUUCCCAGUGAAGUAGGUAGCCUGCCUGUACUUAAUUAUCUUGAUCUUUCUAGGAAUUUAUUUUCUAGGAAAGUGCCUAUUAAGUUGCAGAAUUUGAAGCUCAAUUUGCUUAAGUUGUCGAAUAACCAGCUUUUUGGAGAGCUCCCUCCUCUUUAUGCUAACGAAAUAUACAGCAAGAGCUUCCCCUGCAACCCGGGAUUGUCUGGUGAUAUAGUUGGUCUUUGUCCAGAUACUGGUAAAUCUAAGAACCGACAGUAUCUAUGGAUUCUUAGAUCAAUUUUUAUACUUGCUAGUGUGGUUUUUGUUGUGGACUGUUAGAAGUUAACGGAAGGAUGGUGCUGGUGUUAACAGAGGGGGUGAUUUGCCACUGCAGGUGAGUUGAGGGGGUGAUUUGCGCAUGAAGUGGGUUGAGGGGGUGAUUUGCCACCAGUUGUUGAGUUGAGGGGGUGAUCUGCACCUUUUGCCAAAAAAAUUUAUAUAAAACGCUGAUGUGUGC